GCACAGACCCGCCUAAGAAUCCGAGAGAGAAGAAGAUUUUAACUCAUCGCGAAAAGAGAGAUAAUGCAGAUCUUCGUCAAAACCCUCACCGGCAAAACUAUAACCCUAGAGGUUGAGAGCAGCGACACCAUCGACAAUGUCAAAGCCAAAAUCCAGGACAAAGAGGGUAUACCACCUGAUCAACAAAGGUUGAUUUUUGCUGGUAAGCAACUCGAAGAUGGACGAACCUUAGCCGAUUACAACAUCCAGAAAGAGUCUACUCUUCAUCUGGUCCUGAGGCUCAGAGGUGGAACCAUGAUCAAGGUGAAAACACUCACUGGAAAAGAAAUCGAGAUUGACAUCGAACCAACCGACACUAUUGAUCGGAUCAAGGAACGGGUUGAAGAGAAAGAAGGCAUCCCUCCUGUUCAACAAAGGCUCAUCUAUGCCGGGAAACAGCUUGCUGAUGACAAAACGGCCAAAGAUUACGCGAUAGAGGGUGGCUCUGUUCUUCAUUUGGUUCUUGCUCUUAGGGGUGGUCGAGAGAUGGUUAUGAGAGAGUCUAAUAAAGGGAAUUGGACAGUGAGUGAGACUUUGGUUCUCAUAGAAGCCAAGAAGAUGGACGACGAGAGACGUGUGCGGCGAUCAGAGAAACAACCGGAAGGCAGAAAUAAACCAGCAGAGCUCCGGUGGAAGUGGAUAGAGGAGUAUUGUUGGAAAAGAGGAUGUCAGAGGAACCAGAAUCAGUGCAACGAUAAGUGGGACAAUCUCAUGAGGGAUUACAAGAAGAUCAGAGAGUACGAAAGAUCGAGGAUAGAAUCGUCUUUUAACACCAGCUCUUCUUCCUCGUACUGGAAGAUGGACAAGAGUGAGAAGAAAGAGAAGAACUUGCCGACUAACAUGUUGCCUCAGAUAUACGACGCGUUGGUUGAGCUUGUUGACAGAAACACUCUUCCUUCCUCCUCCUCAUCCGCCGCCGUAGGAAACGGUAACGGCAGCCAGAUCCUAAGAGUGUGCCAACAAAGUUUAGGAUUUGUAGCUCCGAUGAUGGCUCAGCCGAUGCAUCAAAUCCCGACUACUAUUGUAUUAUCUUAUCCACCACCACCGCCACAAUCUCUAAGCUUAUCACUUCCUCCGCCGCCUCAACCUCCACCGUCGUCCUCAUUUCACGUUGAGCCUAUCCAGCCCACAGUAGACACAUCGCGGGGAAAGCGAAGGAGAUCAACGCCGGGAGAAACCACCGCCGGAAGAGAGAGGGAGGCAGAGGAGGAUACAUUUGGAGUGGCGUUAUCUAGAUGCACGUCUGUGAUCACACAAGUGAUAAGAGAGAGUGAGGAGAGACAAGAGAGGAGGCAUAAGGAAGUGGUGAAGCUACAAGAGAGGAGACUAAAGAUUGAGGAAUCAAAAGCUGAGAUAAAUAGACAAGGUAUAAGUGGUUUGGUGGAUGCCAUUAAUCAACUCGCAACCUCUAUUCUUGCUUUGGCUUCUUCUUCUUGUCAUAAUAAUCACAAUCAUCAAGGGGGUCCACCUUGAUAGUUAUAUUGAAUAGAUUUUUAUAAGUUAAGUUGAUGAUUAGUUUGCUUAGUUAGGAAGUAGACAUGUGUAUAUAUGAAUCUUGAUUUGUAACGUUAUGUUGGCAUAUAAAGUAUUAGACCCAAA